AUGCUGCAAAGUGCCGCUUUUGCCCAAUGGAUGAAUUACAUACCCCUCAACAUCGUACCAGCAGCCUCAAACGCUAAAGCUGACAUCAACAUCCGCUUUUCUCCCCUCGGUCGAGACGAUACGCGUUACGGUUUUACGUCGAUGGUCUCUGAAGGCACCUCCAUGUCGUCUGGCAACAUCAAUGUGACCUUCAAUGAUGAUUACCAGUGGACAGAUGACCGCCUUUUCGGGUAUACGGCUGUUCAUGAGAUCGGUCACGCUCUCGGGAUGAGCCACAGUGGCGUCGAGGCGGCCAUAAUGUUCGCCUACUACGAUGGUAGCAUACGCCCUAUGCAUCCAGACGACAAGAUGGGUAUACACAGCAUCUACGGCUGGAAGAGCCCGAUUUGGAAUCGUAUCGAUUCAGGCUCAGCAAUCACAAAUAUGAUCCAAGUCACGUCCAACACAGCUACUGCUUCAGCCAAUGACGGUCUGUACCAGAUGCGUUCAUCGGGGCAGAUUCUUCGCUACUCAAAUGGUGCGUGGGUAGUCGCCGACAACAACAAAGAUACUGCUCAAAUCACCGGUGCAAACGGGAACCUCUACCAACGACACUACGACGGAGGCACCUUCCACUGGACAGGUAGCGCAUCGAACUGGCAAGCUCUUAGCAAUACCGACUCGAACGUGAUUGAGAUUGUUGCUGCAGCUGACCAACUAUACUCGCGUCGCAAAGAUGGAUGGGUAGCCCGGCUCUCUGGCAAAUAG